UUGCCUUUGCUGAUAUUUAGGGUUAGGUUUAGGGCUUGUUUUGCCCAGAUCUGGCGUGAUGGAGGACAAGAAGAACACGGACUGCGUUUACUUCCUCGCGUCGCCGCUCACAUGCAAGAAGGGAAUGCAAUGCGAGUUUAGGCACAGCGAGGUCGCGAGAUUAAAUCCCCGCGACUGUUGGUACUGGCUCUCUGGGAACUGCCUCAAUCCAGACUGCCCGUUUCGUCAUCCCCCGCUGGACGUGUCCGAGGAGGAGAAUCCCAGCUCCAAUUCUCGAGUCCCCUGUUACUUCUACUCUCAAGGAUACUGCGCAAAAGGAGACCAGUGUCCGUUCAUGCACGGCUUUGCUCGUCGCUCCCAACAGGUCCAAACUUUGGCCCAGCAGCAGCAAACUCCAUCCCAGCCUCAAGUUCCUGCUGCCUCUACCGUCACGCAAAACGGGGGCUCCAAGCUCUCGAUCGGCCAGAGAAGCGGCCCGGGCGAGCCUCCACACCAAGUCCAGCUUGAAACUCCGGAAGAACACGAGCAGCAGCACCAGGUGGAGAGCAGCAGCUCGCCGACACAGGACGAAGAGCAGCAGGAGAAAUCCGACAGUGGCGACGGAAAGUCCGAAGAACUCUACAGGCUGCACCACCACGAGUGGCCGAUGGGAGGCAGCUCCCCCGACUUCGACGACGUAGAUCCCGGAGCCCAGCAGGAUUUUUACUCGGACGAUGGAGAUAACUACGACACCGUCCUCGAUCCAGUAAAUGGCUCCUCCUCGCAGCUGCUUGAUCAAAUCCAAAGCCAGCAACACCGUCUCCUCGACUCUGCUUCGUACGACUUUGGAGGCUGCCGCUACGAGCGAGGAGCUUUCCAAAACGGCCCCAGCGCUGGCACACGGAACAGCUUCAACGAGUACAAGCCUUACGAUCCACCGUACCAGCCAUCGCUCCCUUACGACUGCAUGAUCAGCUCGCGGCAGCCUCUCGUCCAGGAGCAGCGGAUUGAUCCCGACUUGGAAGCUCUUCUCAUGGCCAGGAACUUGGAGGGACUAAACCGAGGGAGGCUCGAGGACCGGCUGGUGUUUCCGAGAGGGAACCACAGGAGCCUCUUUGCCGCAAACCGCUUAAAGCUUCUCAGCGACAACAGUAGUGCUCACAACAGGCUAGUUUACGACGAAACCAAUCCUGCUCUUCACCAUCGACUGGAAAGCUGGAGGGUGGCGAAUGGUGGCAGUCGCAGCGUCCAUAGCAGGCUCGGAAGGCCCAGCGUGAAGACCCGGCUCAAGUAUGCUGCUAACCAGAGACUCCACCAGCACCAGUUUCACAACUUCCAGCACCACCACCAACAGCAGCAACAGCGUCACCACGCCCGGAACUCGAGAUACUUGGGAGUGAUGCAGCAGCAGCACUGGCGACACAACAAAGUCGCCAAGAAGCCCAAGCUCGCCGCCGCUGCCGGUGCUGCUCCCAGCAGCACCUCUGCCAGGAACAGCGUCACUUUGAGAGAAUCUCAAUUUGACGGGCCAAAGAGCCUGGCGGAGCUGAAAGCUGCGAAGGACGCUGCUGGAACUUGAGGACACGAAACGAAAAGCUUCUCUUUGGGACGCUCAGUCUGUCCUUAGAGCUUUGUGCCACAA